AUGAAUCAUAUUUUUACAUUUGAGACAAAUUUAAAUGAUAUAUUUACAGGCGAUGAUGUUAAAAACUCUGAAAAAAAUUGUGAUUAUUGUAUAAAAAGGAAAAGAAUAUGUAAAUGUGAUACUAUAAAAAAAGAAUUAGGAAGUGAAAAAAAAAAGGAUUUAGAAGAAUUUUCUGAUCUUAAAAAAUAUUAUAAUGAAAUAUGUGAAAAAAUUGUAGAUAAAUAUAAAGAUGUCGUAAAUCGCUUUGAGUAUGACAAAGAAAUAGUUAGGUAUAUAAAGAAAAAUAGAAUAAAUAAUGAAAUAGAAAAUGAAGAUUGGUUGUAUUUUUAUGAAUUAUUAAAGGAUCGCAAAGUAUUAGAAAGGUGCAUUGACACAAAGAGUAAUAAAGAGUUAGUAUUAUUUAAUAGCUUUCAUUUAGAUGAAGAAGCAAAUUUUAUAAGUUGUUUAAAUUAUUAUAUCAAGGUGAAUAAAUAUAAUAAUGUGAAUCAUAACUGGAUGGGAAUGAGCGAAAACCCAUUUAGUGAAUAUGUAAAUAAUAAUGAAAUUCUUUUUCAAUUUUGUGACAAUAGAGAAAAUCAAGAUGAUAAUAAAAAAAAUUGUUCGCAUAUAAAUAUACCCUCAAAUAUAGAAGAAAAGGAAAAUAUGGAUAUUUCAUUAGGGUAUAAAAAGUUUUACCCUUUGUAUUAUUUAUUAUAUAUACAAGAUAAUGAAAAAUGGAUAUCAGGAAUAAAUAAUUCAGGUAAUAUCCUUCAUUUAGAAAAUAUUGACUAUAUAUGGAAUAAGACAGUAAGAGAAAAUAAUAAAAUAAAACUUUUUCAUUUAAUAACUUCAAAUAGUGUAAAAAUGGAUAAUACUGAUUAUAAAUUAAAAAAAAGAAAUGAAAAUUUAACAACAGAAAACAUAGAAAUUGAUAAGAUUCUAUGUGUGAGUCAACUAGUAUGUGCUUUAGGUAUGUUAAAUAUUGGAGGGUUUUUUAUUAUAAAAGUUAAAUUGUCUUUUGAUAAUUUUCUUUUAUCUGUAUUUUCAAUUUUAUCCAUUUGCUUUAAAAAAUUAGAAGUGUAUAGACCCUCUUGCUGUUACUUAAGGAAUGUAGUAUUUUUAAUAGGUAUCCAUUUUAAUGGUAUUACAUCUAUAUUUCUAUCUAGUUUAAAUAAUUGGGUUCAAUCAGCACAAAAAGAGAUAACAUAUUUUUAUGAUAAUAAAAAUAAAGAUAACAGAAAUGAGUAUUCUGAUAUAAAUAAAACCACAAAUUAUUUAAAUAGUAAUAUAAUACCUAGAAAAUGGAUAAAAAAUAGUUUUUUUCAAGAAUACAAAAAUUGUAUUAAGCAUUUUAUUGAUUAUCAAAUUUAUUACUUAAAAAAAUGCAUAAAUGUUUCUAACACCAAUUUGAUUAAAAAAAAUAUUGAAAAUACAAAAAAUACAUACAUUUCCAAAUUUUUUGAAGAAAAUAAAAUAAUGGAGAUUAAAAGAAAAGAUAAAUUAUUACAUAAAUUAGUUAAUAUAUAUGAAGAUAAAGAAUUAUUAUAUCAGUACGAUCAAACAGAAAAUGAAAAUGAUUUGUUAAGUAAGAAGGAUAGAGAAAAUAAUUCUGAAAGUUGUGAUUCAUGCUAUACCUGCAGCGAAAUUAUAUAUAGUAAUAAAAAAAUAUCCAAAAUAAAAAACAUAGUAUUUCAUAUUGAAAAUAAGAAAGCAUAUUUUGAAAAUAUUUAUAAAAAAAAUUUAGAUUGCAAUAAUAAUGUAAAAAGGUAUAGUAAACAAAUUGCAACUCUUCUAAAAAAAAUAAAAUACAAAAAUAAAAAAGAAAAUCCAGGAAAGAAAGAAUUAUUUCAAUUAGAUAAAGAAAUACUGAAAGAAAGGGUAUUUGCUUUAGAAAAAAGCUCUUUUUUAAAAGAAGAAAAUGAAUUUCAAUUUUUAUUACAAAAACAAGCAUAUUUAAAUAAUAGAAAUUGGUUUAAGACUUAUUUACAAAACGAUAUAUCAAAUUUUGAGAAACCUUUUUAUUUAAAAAAAAGCAUUUUUAGAGAUAUUUUAAAAUGCAGGUAUUAUUUGUAUUAUAAUAAUUGUGAUAUACACAUAAAUAGUUUAAAACAAAUAUUGAAACAAUACGAACCAUUGAGCAUUAGAUAUAUAAAUUAUGAAUUAUACUGUAAUGUUAUUGAUUGCUUAUUUGUUUUAAAAAACUGUGCUAAUUGUGAUAUUUUUAAGGAUUCUAAAUUUUUAGAAAAUUUCUUAGUUAUAAGUGCAGAAAGCAUUAUGUAUAAUUUUUUUUCAAAAUUUGAAAAUGGUUAUUAUGUUUCAUUAGAAAAUGAAAACUCAAAUAACAAUCCAAUAGAAUAUGUAACUGAUGAACAUAGAAAAAGCCGUGUUUCUUUUAUUAGUGUUGAAAAAUUAUAUGAAACAAGAAAGCCAUAUAAAAUUUUUAGUGAAUUAUUAAUAAAUAAAUUAAAAAAAAAAAAUAUUUGUUCUCUUAUAUAUAUAGACUUAAAUACUAUUUUUCCUAAUUUUGUACACUUAGUUCAGAAGGAAUUAAAAAUAAAAAAUUAUUUUGUUGCUAGUUUAAUUAUAGCUUUUAAUUAUUUAAUGAAAAGCGGUAAUAUGAUUUUGCGUUUAAGUAGUGUACUUACAUUUUUUACUGCUGGUUUAAUAUAUAUUUUAUUUUGCUCAUUUGAGAAAAUAGAAUUUUUCUUACCUCCUUCUUGUGACGAUAUAAAUUUAGAUUUUUAUAUUUAUUGUUAUAAUUUUAAUGAAAAUUAUGUUUAUCGUCAUUAUAUUCAAUAUAUAUGGGAUGUUAUAAUAUGCAAUAAGUAUUUGGAUGAGAAAAAUUUUAAUAAAGAAGAUAACAAAAAAGGAGGAAUGAAAGAAAAGAAAAGAAAUUGUGAUAUAUAUUUUUCUACACCUAUAUAUUUUAUUAUGAAUAAAUAUUUUGUUUUACUUUUAAAAAAAUUUAAUUCUUUUUAUUUUAAACAUCAUAUAAAUAUAUGUUUGAAUUUUAUGAAAGAACCAAAAUACUUUUAUCAUAAUAAAGCAUUAAUAAAAUGCUUGCUAACUCAUUUUUUUAAAGCAUAUGUUAUUCAAAACAAAAGUUUUAGAAAUGUAUAUAGGUCUAUUAUUAUUAAUUCUGAUGAAUUUGAUGAAAGAAAAGAUGAAACCGAAGAUGAUGAAAUAGAAGACAGUGAUGAUGAAAAAAAUGAAAAAAGUGAGGAUGAAAAGGAAUUAAAUGACCCAAAAGAAAAUGAAGGGGAAAUUAGAAGUGAAAAUAAUAAUGAAAAAGAAAUUUCAAGAAGUGGUCAUUUUAAAAGUUUAUUUGAUUUAAAAGAGAAUGAAAAAGAUAGAGAAAAUAUAUAUGAAAAUUCAUCUAGUGACUCAAAUUAUUCAAUUGUUUAUGAAUAUAAAAAUGUUCCGAGUGAAAUAUCUAUAUCAGAAACUGUUUGGGAAAGCUCUUAA